AACGCUCGCGCGAGAGAGCAGCGCGUCCUGAAGGCUCUGUCCUUUCUGUCGCCGGCCGCUGUGUGAGGAGCGAGUCGGCUACUUUUUUUUAUUUUCAUCUUUAUUUUCUUCCAUUCGGCGGAUCACAGUGUCGUUGUCUGGUUCGUUAACGUCGCUAAGGCAGUUCUUCCACGUCUAGAGCCUCCCCCUCCUUUAUCAAAAUGUCGGCGCAGGCCCAAAUGCGCGCCUUGCUCGACCAGCUCAUGGGGACCUCUAGGGACGGUGAUUCCACACGGCAGCGGAUCAAGUUUAAUGAUGAAAGGGUAUGCAAAAGCCACCUGCUCAACUGCUGUCCUCACGACAUCCUCUUAGGAACGAGGAUGGAUCUGGGAGAAUGUCUAAAAGUUCACGAUCUUGCCUUAAGAGCUGAUUAUGAAAUUGCAUCCAAGCAGCAGGAUUUCUUCUUUGAGCUUGAUGCUAUGGAUCAUUUGCAGUCAUUCAUUGCAGAUUGUGACAGAAGGACAGAGAUUGCCAAGAAGAGACUGGCAGAUACUCAAGAGGAAAUAAGCGCAGAAGUUGCUGUUAAGGCAGAGAAAGUGCAUGAACUCAAUGAAGAAAUUGGCAAACUGCUGGCCAAAGCUGAGCAGCUGGGAGCUGAAGGAAAUGUGGAAGAGUCACAGAAAGUCAUGGAUGAAGUUGAAAAGACAAGAGUUAGGAAAAGAGAAGCUGAGGAUAUCUACCGUAAUUCCAUGCCCGCAUCCAGUUUUCAACAGCAAAAGCUACGCGUUUGUGAAGUCUGCUCUGCUUACUUGGGUCUUCAUGACAAUGACAGACGAUUGGCUGAUCACUUUGGGGGAAAGUUGCAUUUGGGAUUCAUUGAAAUACGUGAGAAAUUAGAUGAGCUGAAGAGACUAGUGGCAGAGAAACAGGAGAAGAGGAAUCAAGAUAGACUGAAACGUAGAGAGGAGAGGGAUAGGGAGGAGAGAGAAAAGCUCAAAAAAAGAUCUAGAUCCCGAGAAAAACGUAGACACCGUUCUCGAUCCUCGUCUAGGGACCGCAAAAGAAGAACUCGGUCCAAAUCACGUGAAAAGCGACACCGUCACCGUUCUAGAUCAGGUAGUCGAAGCAGAAGCCACAGCCAUCAGCGCAGCCGUGAUAGGAGCAGAGAUCGUAGCUCCAGAACGAAGUAAGCCAGCACCUAUUGUGCCUGCUUGUUGAAUGGAAUCUGUGAAUCGAACAUCUUAAAAGGAUACUUGGUAUAUAAAUUUGUGGCCUAGGAGCUACUUUCAUUAGAAGAACACAUUCUAAGGCUAGGUACAGAUAAAGGUUUUAUCCAAUUAGAAAAGUUGAAUAGAAGUUGUCUCAUGAUGGCAGCCAAACAAUUUCUUAACUUAUCACUUUCCCAUGAGAUGCAAGUAAAAAUUGCCUAUGUAGUCCAGGUCUAUGAGCUGCAGAAUUCUCUUCUGUGCUUCGCUGUCUCUUCACUUCUUUAUGCAGAUUUGGAUUGAGAAUAUUCACUGCAGCCCUUAUAUUCAGUCUGUAAAGAAACUCUGAGAACUGAAUUAGUGCCCCAGGUCAUCAUUUUGCCGUGACGUUUAAGUUUGAUUCUUUAGAUUGACAUUCAUUACUUUCAACUGCUGAAACAUUUUAAUAAGUUGCAAAAUUAUGCAGGAAGGUAGCCGUGAACGUAAUGGCCGAGUCAGCCAACGUAGUCUUUCUGAAAAAGGAUUACAGAGGGAUUUUAUAGGGUAAAUAUUAUCUACAGAUUUAUAUUUCUGCUUUGUCCUUGAUUUCUUAAUAGGGAAAUAAGGCUCUGGCCAAUAUGGUCAUGAGAGAUCUGUAAAAAAAAAAAAUUUUGAACUUUGCUGAACAAACUACAUUAAGACAAAUGUCAUUUUGUUUUUGAAUUGUGCCAUUUUUUCCUAAAUUCUCUGUAAAGACACUUCUGGAAAUAAAGACAUUUGUAUUUGUGUGUACCUAAAA